AGUAAAAGAGUGCAAGUGCUCAGUAGUUCCAGCGGUGCCCCAUAGAGAGCUCUAGUGUCGUAUAUAUCGCGCGCUGCCGCGGCUCGUCUUCAGUCAGAUCCAGAUGUUGUAUGGUGUGCGAUCCGUAAGUGUCCGUGUGUGCGCAUGACUCUGACUCGGCCGCCCUUCCAUUCAUAGAUGGGGAAGAAGGGCAAGAAAACACGAUGGAGGCGAUUACCGAUCGGGGGGACGGACGAGGAGAGUGGCCUGAGCCUGGAGCCGGCGCCCCCCUCCACGGACUCCUCCAGGAUCACGUUCAACGAGGACGAGUACACGAAAAUAACGACGCCGAGACAAGACGUGCUGUUCAAGAAGGGUUACUUUGGGCGCAAGCGAACUCCCAACCCCUCUCCCUCGGAUACUCAAGAGGCCCACAGCGGGGAUUCAGUGGAAAGUGAGUCCUACGUGAGUGAGGACCCUCAGUAUGUGUACCCGACUGGUUACAUGGACCCCACAGGAGUCUACUACGUCAAUGGUGGCACAUUUGAGACGUUCGACCCUUACACAGGCAUGGUGACAGUGGUGGUUGGGCCACCCCCCCAGUACCCCGGUGGAGCCCCUGUCCUGGCAGCAUUGCCAUGCCAACCUGUGCCACUACAACCAGUCGAGUGGUUCAACCCACCGGCCCCCUGGUGCUACUCCUACAAUCGGAGAAAGCGGUACUCCACUGAUUCACAGAACUGUAGUGCUCAAAGUUCGGAGUCAACAGGGCCCCCUGGCAGUCCCCAGGAACCUGUGGAGGAGGGGGCUUGUGCCCCCCCACUCUAUCCACAACAAUACGUCUACCCCGGCUAUAUGUUUGGACCACCUGUCUAUAAUAUGAAUGGUGUAACAAUGCAGGGAAUGGUCCCGCAGCCCGUUCCCCUCACUCAGGACCUGUCGGCCAGCAAGCGCCGUAAGAAGCGCAGGAGGAGAAGGAGAGGCGGAGUAACAGAGGAUGGUUCAGAGUCAAGCUGUUGUGAAGAGCCUCUGACAUGUGAUGUGACCGGCUGUCAGUCGGAGACAGGGAGUGAUGCAGUUUGUCAAUCUGGGGCCAGCAGUGAUGGUGGUGUCAGUUCAAAGGCCAACUCUGAUUCAGGCAUCAACACUGACCCGACCCCCAACAGUGGCUCAAACUCCCCUCCUCUUCUCUCUCAAGUCCCUUAUCAUCCACCUGAAGAGCAGUUGAGUGCGGACUGUGUGACUUACCAGAACCAAGGCCUUCCUUUGAGCACCAGUGGUGAGAAUAUCCAAGAGGACUCCAGUUUGACUGAGGUCACCACACCAGAGGAAGUGACAGAGGAACUGUCAACAGCUGAGGAUGAUGUUACACCGAACUUAUGUGCAGCCGCUCCAGAAUUCUCAUCACAAGAGUCUACCUUGAGUUGUCUGUCCACUCCGAGUGCCACAAAAGAGUUUAUUGUCAAUGAAUCGGAAGUAUCAAAUGCUGAGAUAUCUCAUGAAGUUUUUGAGAGCUGUCAGUCCAUAACAGAACCACUUGCUGGUGAAGAUAUAUCUCUUUCUGAAGAUAUAUUCUGUAAGGAUUUAGAAGGACAGUCUUCAACAGCUUUAGUUUCCAACUCUGAUAUAACUGAUGGUGAUCUCAAAACAACUCUUAAAAAGAAUACUGAAAAUGAUGAAAAUAAAGUUGUGAAUCCUGAAAGUAAUGGAAUAAAUGUUGGGGAUGAAAUUAAAGAGAUUUGUUAUGAAGAAGUUAAGAUUAGUGAGGUUUCUGAGUUGCAAACAAAUAUCAGCCUUGAGUUAAUUCAACCUAUAGAAAUAAUUGAAACAUUUGUGAGCUCUGAAGAGGAGAAAGAAACAGAGUUAUUAAAUAAUUGUGAGAUAGAUGUGAGAAAUGAAGCCAUGGAACCUCAAUGUAUAGCAUCAACAAGUACAAAUAAUGAUACAGCAAUUAUCUCUGAAUGUGAACAAUCCUUCUCAAGGUUUUCAUCUUGCAGAGAAUCAAUAGCUCCAGUGCCUCCCCCCAGAAGAAAAAGAUCUAUGAGCCGAGCGGCAGACAAGCUAGCCUCUCGUAUAGUUGAAGAAGCGAUCAAUGAAGGUAUCGAGGAGGCUUGUGAGAGAUUGAGGAGUCCUAUGAGUAUCACAGAGGCAGUAACUCGAUGGCUCAACAGUCAAGGCAGCUCUCCGCUCACAUGUCCUAUCACAGACAGCGAGUCAGGAUCAGACGACGAGGGUAUCGAAGUGGAGGAUGGAUUGACCGAUCAAAAAAACGUGCGAGGCAACCCUUUCCUUGUGUCAUCUCAUAGUGGCACGGGGCAAAGGGUUGCUAAAGACUGUGAAAGCCUAGAGUCGAGUGCGGGUGAAUGGGACAUGUGGGACCAUAGCCACACUCGUGACAUGUGUGAUCCGACACGUUCUGUGGACAGGUACUAUCGCCUGGGUGCGGAUGAUUCCCCCCCCAGAGGGGACAGGGACAAGGUGCCUCCUUCCGUUUAUAAGACUGCGAUGCACAUCCGCCACACCGGGCCCUUCCCUUGUGGUGUGUGCUGCAUCAUCCAAUGAACUGAUUAACUUUUUACCUUGCACUCAAUUCCUCAGUUUCCUCGUUUAACUUGUAUUUAAUUGAUCUAGUUUUACGAUCCAAGCUGUUAAUUGUAACUAAUUUUAAUUGUAACAGAACAUUACAAGACUGAAUCAUCGUGCCAAUUAAGUUCUGUUGAGAAUUCAAAGCCUUAUUUUCUUAAUUUCUCCUUUGGGUGUAUGUGUGUACAGUCAAAAAUACUUUGACAUUUUAAAACGCUACUGGUUUGUGUACGUCAAUUUCUACACAAUUUGUUGCGAGGUCGUACGCUAAGGUGAGGAGAAGUAAGGCUGACGUUCUUAAUAAAUUAAAAACUAACAACUAUUUUCAUCAACGUUGGGAUGAGAGAUUUUUAAUUGUUAACUGAUGCAGUAUAAAAUUGUUUGUAGUUGUUAUAAUGCAAGAAAAGAACUGUUAAAGUGAACUUUUGUGGUGUAAUUGGGUUAAUUCAGUUAAGUAUUUCGCCUCAUUGAUGUGUUGCAGGCGUAGUUCAUUUCCACGUUCCUACAACUUCACAAGUGUUAUUCCAAAUAUUGAAUAAAAGACAUUUGAGCAGUUGGGAGCUAAAUAAUGACCAAGGAUAUCAAGGGAAGACAUUUUAUAGCAAAAACACAUACGAUAUGUUUAAAUCCCAUUAUUUUGUAUUGUUUAAAAAGUGCAGUUGCUGCUGAUUUAGUUUAAGUGUUAUGAUAUCCUAAUUCAAUUUAUCACUAACAUUUUAUGAUUAGUUUGGAAUUAAUUUAGUUCUGUUUCAGGUUGCUUUAUUUUAUGUGAUUUGAUAAGAAACCAAAUAUGUUAUUGUUUUUAAUAUAAGGAUGUAAUGUAUUUUGUUUGUUUUUUUUCUCUAUUGGUCAGUCAUCGCUCUCAUAGUGGUAUGUCCGUUAUUGUAUUGCUUGCUUAUUUGGAAUAUCCAUUGAACAUAUUUUGACAAUGCAUAAGAUGCCGAAUUGAUUAACGUUAAAAUGUUCACAUUUGAAGCCCAAAUUAUUAUUUUAAAAAUUACAUCAGUACUAAAAAAUUUUGUAUUAUUGGUUCUGUAUUCUUAAAUCUUAUGGAAAACAAUUAUUAUUUACCUUGAACUAUAUGUAUUGUCAUAUAACUUUGAGUCGAUGGCAAUAAUUAUCUUGUUCAUGAUAAUCAAAUCGAAGAAACUGUGAUGCUUGUAAUGUUUGUAAACAGCUUAUUGGAAUUCAUUGUGCUGAAAUGAUGACUUAAUAAAUUGUUACCAAUCUUUGUUAUCAGUUAUAAGCAUUUAUCUGUAAGCUACAAAUAAAAUAAUUAUGUUUUUCCAAUAUGUUUAGUUUGACUUUAUUGUUCUUACUGCCAACAAAAAGGUGCACAAUACGACAAUUGAAUGUUUUGCAUAUGUUUCUGUCAAAAAGGUUGUAUUUGAAAUGUGUUCAUUAUCACAAUGUUAUAGACCUAGUUAGGGACUUGUGCAAUACCUCACAGCUGACCAUGUGUAGAUGUAGCCCCACCAAAUCUGGCCGGAUGCUAUCCAUAUUGUACUCUUUUCUUUCAAUUUUGGUGUAGGGUGUUCUAAAAUUAAGUGUUUUUAUCAUGCCUUUUUUUUAGAUAACUACCCGAACGUACUGUUCUAGGCGUAUAUUGUAUGUAGUCGUGGGUGUGUGUCGCUAAGCUCGUGAUAAGUCGGCCUAUGCGUUGUUGUCUUGUAUAGUUGGCUAUACUGCUUCAUUUGAUAGCAUGUGCCUUAGAUCCUAUGUCAUCACAGGGCUAGGUCCGUGUUACGGGCCGAGUCGUAUUGUUACCUGUUAUCAUGUUAUUCUUGAUGACUUCCUGUCUAUAUGUCUAUUUUUACGGCUGUUACAGUUGUUAUCCAGCUGUUUUGUGAUUUGAAUAAAAACUGGUUAAGUGUGUUUUGAAGUAACGUAUGUACUGUUGAUACACGUAUAUGUUAAAAAAUUACACGCAGGUGUUUGUGUGUAUUCAAUAAAAUGUCUAAAGCUGAAAGAUAAUAAUAGCCUAUUACAUUACAUUGUAUGUAUGUUGUGGUAAUAAUAUAAAACUGAGUCUGCCUCAUCUAGCAAUAUUCAAGGUUGUCAUUCGUUAAUGAGUGUUUGGCUGUGUUAAAGAUCGGAUAUGGAACAGUGAUUGAUGGAGUGGAUAGUGACAUAACAGUUCAUUUGAUGGGUUUUGAUGUAUGUAUACCACUUGGAUAACUAAUAAAUUUGUAAAGUGUUGUUGCAUGCAUGUUGGAAAAUUAUACCAUAUUGAAAUUGACAACAUGAGGUACAAAUAAUGUAUGUGUACCUAAAAUUGUUUAAACCAUGACGUCUUUCAAUUGGUCCUCACUGUUUCAAUUAAGUUAAGAGGCCUAAGGUGCUAUGAAAUACAUUACUAUACUAACUAUUGUUUUAUUUUUGUUUUAAAAUUUCCGAUCAUUCUGCAAUGAUUUAUGUCUUGAGUGUUUUUACAAACAUGAAUUCCUUUAUGUGUUACCAAAAUUAUUUGAGAACAGAUUAGAAGGUCAGGAGAAACAUUCAGUAAGCUAUAUUAAUCAAAAUAAUUUAUUCAUUUAUCAACAUAAUUUCAGUGAAUUGCUGUUUUGCCAUUCCAAAACAGUUUCAGCUUAAAAUGCUCUGCUUUAAAUUUAACGCCAUUAUUUCAUUAUUUUGUUUCUUUUGUAUGAAAUUUAACUUCCAAAUUUUAAUCGUACAAUUAGAAUGAAUGUUUUUAUCUGUAAGUUAAAGUAUAAAUUAUACAGUGAAUUUUACAGAUAUAAAAUCCUAAUGUAUCUUAAUCGGAAAACAUCUUGGGUGUUUUAUUAUUAUUAAUAGGUAUGAGGCAUGGACACAUAAUAUAAAAACAUCAUAUUUCAAAUGAUGUUUUGUAGGAAAAGUGUCAUUAGGUAAAAGUAAGAAAAAUGUUUUUUUUAACAUAUUGGAUCUGUACAUACAAAUAUAUAUGUACUAUAAAUAUCAGGCACAUAUGAUUAAACCCUUAAAAGUGCAGCAUAUGGAUAUGUUUUUACCAUCAGAAUCACAGCAUACUGUAAUAUCCAUGUUCUGUUAAUUUAUGUUAUUGCCUAUGUUACAACUCAUGAAAGUGUAGGAAUGUAAUCCAACAUUAUUUCUCCAAAAAUAAUCCAAAACCAGUGAUAUUCUUAUAUUGUUAUUUCAUCUGAUGAUGCAUGUGGACAUAUAAAUAACCGCACCAUAUUUGUAUAAUUUGGCUGCCAAUACUGGUAGAGCUUUAAAAAAAUGUUUUUUUAUCAUUAUUUUUUUCUUCCAAGAAAGAAAAAAUAAUAUGCUAAUCAUAUCUAGGCCAAAUUUUCUUCAUUACUUUAAAGGUUAAAAUAUAAUAUUAGAAUCGUACAAAUGGUUAUCGGCCUCCAUGUAUAAUAUAAUAAUCAUAAAAUAAUUAAAUAAUAAUGAAAUGAAAUGAUAAUAAUAAUGAAAAUCACAACUGAAGUGUAAUUGCAAUAAAAGCAAAUGUAAAUUGUUAUAAUUUUUUAAAUCUGUGUUAAAAUGAUUAUUUUAUUAUUAUCUUAUUGUCAAAAACAUGGAUUGUGAAGGUUUAUGUUGGAUCUCUAUUUUCCACAAUCAAUAUACGGUUUGCAAGUGAGUAGCAUAAUGUGAAUGUGAAUCUGAUCACUAACCUUUCUCUCAUCAGGACUGGAUGAGAAAGAUAAACCUCAGAUAUAAUAUGAUGUCUUCUGAAUGAAUAGUAUUUAGAUACUCUGUUAGAUAUUCAAUGACCUGAAUGUAACAUUGUUCAGGCAGUAAGCAAUGUUUAGUUGCUUGAUUUAUCAGCCAUAUUAAUCAAUACGUAUUCUCAAAAGAACAAAUUCAUUUCUAUUUUUAAAAUUCAACAAUGUUAGAGAUAUUUUAAUGAAGGGAAGUAUUUUGUAAUAGUUUUAUCAUAUGCCUCCAACAAUAUGUCAAUAUUGUGUAAUUAAACUUGUUUAAAUUAAAAAUAUCCUGUCACUUACAAUUUAUUUAAUUUCUAGAGAAAGUGAUUGGGACUCAGAAUAUGAGAAACAAAUCAAAACACAAGCAAAUCAUUCAAAUUAAUAAUGUGUUUUUAUCCUGUAAACAUAAUAUUUAAUUUUCAUAAUUUCUUCUAUUGAUUUUCCCGUAAACUAAACAACAGGUAAUAUAACACUGCAGCAACAAGUCUCAGUUUACACAGAUGCUGGCAAGUGAGAAUGUAGCAGUGAUGCGGACCUGCAAUGUGGCCAAUGAAUUUCGGAACUUGCUUUACCCUCCGACAACCUUUGUUUAGUUUUAAAAACCAAUUUGUUUUAUCUUUUGAGUCAAGAGAAUCUACAUAAUUUGUGAAAUUCCAUUGAAUUUAAUACCCACUUCUCUAACAAUGACAUUAUAAUUGUGUUAAAUAUCACUCAUCUAAAAUAUUACAAACUUAUUUUUUGUUUUGUAUAAAGACAAACAUAUUAACUCAUGGGACCCAAGUUUAGCAGAAUCAUGUCAUGCAGUGCCUAUGACCAAGGGUGAUCAUGUCAUAUAAACAAAUAAUAUGUCUAAGCAAGACGUUUUAAAAUUAAAAAAUGAAAUUUUAACUUUAUGUGGAAUUUUUUAAAGUACAAGUAAUAAAAACCUGUCUAUUAAUUUAGUUACACCUGGAUAUGAAGUAGUUCAAACAACUGCCUCAAGAAUUUGUUGGUGCUACCUGUUGUGAGUCUUUUUUAUGAGUUUGAUCACUCAGAUCUCUUUUUACAGCACAAUAGAUGGCAUAUAGCUCUAUUAAUAUUAUUUUUUUAAUUAAAUAAUUUUCGUGGAGUGAUUUAAAUGUUAACUUCCUUUGUUUAAACAUAUUUAAAGGUUAGUCAGUGCUCCAUAUCUAUUGAGACUAGACUGUAAUACAAAAACAUUUUAUCUUUGUGCUGUUUUUGUUUUUACUUAAACAUUUAACUUUAACAGUUCUGGGUUUUUAUAAUUAUUAGUCUAUAAAUAAUCCAUUUUCUAACUAACUCUCCUCUUCAUCCACAAUUUUAAUUGAAAUAGUUUAAUAUUUUGCUCCACAACACCAAAGUGGCUCAUUUGUUACUAUUCCACAAAAUCUUAUUAAAGAUUUUCAAUAAGUUCAGUUUAAAUAAGCAAUAGUUUUCAAAAUGUUUUUUUUAUGUGACAAUACCAUAUUCUUUUUGUUUCUUGGGUAGUUUGUUGUAGCUGUUCUGGUUCCUCUAUUUUUAUUCACAAUAUAAUCCAGAUUUCCCAAUGAAUUAUUGUCAUUAUUGUGUUAUUUUAGGAAUGUCUCUCAUUUAUUAUCUUCUUAUUAUUUAUUAUUAUCUCACGCAACAAAUAACAGUCAUGUACAUGAGUUGUACACUUGUUGCAUUGAAACCAGUGAUACAAGUAUUUUUAUAGCUUUUUGUUUUUGAUGUGGUUAUCUGGUAAGGUGCCAUUGGCGGCUCAAGCCCUCUCAAAAUUUUGAAAGGCAAUCCUUACAAUUGCACCCAGUUGUUUGUUUUAAGCUAGGACACUUUUCUGAAGUCUUAAACCUCAACAAUUUCUCAGAGUAAGAUUCCCAAGUCCCUGUUUUUUAGGGUAUUCUAUACCCCCUAAACCACCCAAUGGAUCAACACCCCCUGAAAUAAUGUUCUAUAUAUGCCACUAUAAGGGGCUGUAAUAAGAAGAAAUAAUAAUACAAAACUAUGAUUGAAUUUAGUUGCCUUUUUAAGCAGAACAUAACAUUUUUUUAUAAAGAAGAUGCUAUUGAAUAUUAUGUAUAUGUUGCUGUACAACAACAGUGCUGUGAUAGUGCACUGUAUGGUUCAUGAGAUAGGAGUACAGACAGAGUAUUAACAGUUUAGUGGGAGUGCAAUGCCCUUUUAACUGUGUGAUUAAAUUUGUUUUAUUACUCGAUGGUGGCAGUCGGAGAAGGCAUUACAAAAACUGUGUCUGUAACUGAACUACUCCAGUGGACUGCCUACUGUUGCUUUUUGGACUUCAAGUGGAACAAGAAGCUUAAAUGAAUCGUUUUUACCAAAAACUCUCCUUUUUCAUAAAUAUGAAUGUGGAUUAAGUGAAUAGAAUACUACUGAAUCAACAAAUAAAUAAAACUUUUAAAUCAGUUUGUUAUUAUUAAUGUGGAUUUAUUUUAAAAGUCAAUGUACUGUUAGAUCAAUAUUAUAAUCCCUUACACUCUUGAGCAUAAAACAUACUCCACACUGGUAACAAUCAGAAUCUUGACUUAAACAAUAAAUUUCUUUCAACAUCCCGAGUUGUUCAUUUAAAAACUUUAAAAGAAAUUAAUAGAGCAUAUCAGAUAAUUAUUUGUAGUAUUUGUAAUAAAAAUUGCUAUUAGUGAUCAGCUCUGUAAUGCUGAUCUAACCACACUAGUAAGAAGUAAUAUGAGAAGUGUGAUCCCUCACAUUCGUGUUCUUCUCUCUCUUCUGGUGUCCCAGCAGUAAUAUUAACUUUGUGUUAAACCCAGCACAAAUAAUUAUUUUCUUGCAAAGAUUUAUCUGACAGUCCCACCUUAUAGUAACUAAUUUAUUUUUAAUAAUUGGUAUUAGGGGAAGCUGGCCACAGAUGCCGGACUUCAAUUUGGGUCAUACAUAGAUAGUGCAGGUUGAAAUCUUAGCUUCAAAAUCACUUUUUACCAUUUCAGUCCAUCUCUUGUACAAUGAUUCUUCCUCUUAUUCUCUUUGGCAUGGCCCUCACACAGUUGUGUAGCGCAUGAGGAUAGGUAGAGUAAAACUGAAUACGAAACUAGUUACAAGUCUCUCUGGGGUUAGUAACUAAGACCACCCAACGGAACUCACUUGAACUGUGCUCUGUCUAGGAAAUGACAGUGCGAGGAGUGGCUAAAAAGAGUCGUAAAAAAGUGUGCUGAAACAAAUGACCAAAAUACCUAUUGUUUUCAUGUAAUGAAUAUGGCCUAUUUGUACAGUAUGUAAAAGAGCAGGAUAUACUGACUCUAUUUUGAUUUUAGCCCCUUAAGAACAAUGUUAAACCUCACAAACACUUUUACGUUAUUAUUUUUUGUCAUAAAGUUAACGGGAGAUAUUUCAUUUUAAAGAUGUAUUUAAUACGCACCCAAAACCUUUUUUGUUUUUUUUUUUUAGAUUUCUAUAGAUUAUUUAAGAAAAAUCCUCAAACUUUUUUAAUUUUACUAUUUUAAUACUCAACGAAAUGUGCACUUUAAUGGUAUCUUUAAAAUGGUAUAUCUUCCGCAGUCCCAAAACCAAAAAAUAGGGGCUUAAAAGUGUUUUGAGGUUUUAACAUUAUUCUUAUGGAGUAAAAUUCAAGAUUGAUUUACUUCAGCCGGCACAAGUUUGUGAACUUUUACUCAUAAAGUCUUGUAUCACUCUUUUGUUGUAAAUUUCAUGAUAUUAACUGUGACAUAUAAACAUACUCUCGUUGAAUUAAAAGCGUUCAAGAUUACAUAAAAAUUAUACUCUCAGGAAGUAUUUGCAAUUAAUUUUUUAGGACAGCUAAAUUUUACAUUUUGUGUGCUUUAAAUAAGUUUUAACACAUUAAUUAUAAAUAAAACAAUUCUACUUGAUUAUUUUAUAAGGUGAAAACAAUGAUUUUCUUUUAACAUCUGUUGACUGAAAUAGAUACAGGGGGACCAAAAUAUAUCAACAUUUUAAUUUUGUUAGCAACGUUUUGACGUGGUACGAACCAGAAAAUUUAGACGAUGUCUUGAUUUUUUUUACAAAGAAAAACUGAAUUAGCUAAUGAACUAUUUUUAAAACUUUGAUUUUUCGUAAAUGUUGAUUAACCACUUCCAACUUGCUGAAAAAUAUUUAAAUUAAUUAUAGCGUGGAAUAUCACUUGCUGUAGAUUGCACCAUGGUAUAUUAAAAACAGUGGAUUUAAUGUUUUAUAGGAGUAAAAGUAACAGCAUUUUUUCAGAUACUUGCCAUUGCUUAAUGAUACAAGAAACUAUUAAAACCUUUUUUUGGAAAUACCAAAAAAAAUCCUGUUACCUUCACAAUCAUUUUGUGAUCAAAAAUGAACUCUAAAAAAAUGUGUAGGAGAGUUUAAUUCCAGAUGACAGAAGAUCUCCUCAUCUGUUCUCUGCUUACACAUUUUCAUCUCUUGUAUUUUUCUCUGUUUGAAGCACUCAAGAUAUUAAUUUGGGGAACCACUCUUUUGAUGAUGACCAAAGAAUGAAAUCACUUGUGUACAACUGACUAAUCGGUAAGAGAUACAGCCAACUUGAACAAAUAUCUCUGAUCUAGUUCUCUGAAGAUUUAAAAUUAAUACUAUGCAGUGAAACAAGAAAAUUAAUUAUUUACUGCAAUUAUAGUCAAACAAAAACUGUAGAUUUAUGUUCAAUUUACCUCCAUAUAAUAUUUACUAAUGUUUAAAAAUAUUAUUUGGUCCAAGACAAGAUAAAACUGAUGCUAAUGUGUCAACAUAAAUUGAAUAUAAAUUUAAUUUUUAUUUGCCUUAGCUUUGAAUACAUCUUCAUUUUUGUGAACAGAAUGAAUAGAGCAUAUCACAAUUGUAUGGUUUUAAUUGGUGUUUGUUAAGAAGAUGGACAACGGAAUUGGAACUUUACCAUUCAUAGUACUAAAGUACAAAUUGUUUAGAAUAAAGAAAUUCUAGAUUUUUCAAAAAUACCUUAGAGAAUUUGAAUAGAAUAAUUAUAAGCAAUAUUUUCUGUCUGUAUCUUAUUUAUAUUUUUAAUAGUUUACUCAUAUAUUACCAAAUAUAAUGAGCAUUUUAUAGUUACAUUAUAUAGUUUACAUUAAAGAAAACUAAAUUUAAGAAUUUCUAACUCUGCCUUGAAAUUAAAUUAAUAAUAACAUUAAUGUAGUUCUGUCUUUUAUAAGCUAUCACUUUCAGUUUUAAGGUAUCUAAAUUGCAUAUAAAACCUACAAACUUAUCUAUCACUCUUCAUGAAAGGAGAAACGCUUUAUUUGUUAUAUUAAUUUGUUGUACCAUUUUAACUUCUCUGUAUUCAGUAAUGCUGUAUGUACAAAAACAGCAUUUAAAGAUUUCUAAUGUUUAGUUAUUAAAUCUUAAAAUAGAAAAAUAUUGUAAAAGCUAUGAAUCAUUUUUCAAACAGAAGUAUUUUUUUAAAAAGAAACAUUUACAUUAUUUUUAAAAAGAUAAAAGUGUUAUUUUGUCCUAAUUGAUGUUCAAGAUGUAUUUACAUUUAUAACAUUACCAUAGUAUUGUAUAACACUUCUUAAAAAGUCUAUAAUAAUGUUCCUAGUUACAUCUAUGACUAAUUAUAAAUGAUUUAAAAUGAAGUUGUUUGUACCAAUAUCAUUGUUGUUAAGUUUCAGUGCUUAAAUUUUAAGCUUUUGUUGUUAGUUAACACAUUCACUGCUGAUCUAAAGUCAGUGGUGAUAUGUUGAAAAUGAUAAACAAGCAUUAUUUACUUAAUAAAAACACUAUACAAAAUGAUCGGAAAAGUCUUCCUACGAGUAAAUAUAAGGAGUAAAGAUAAGAGUGUCAGUUGUGUACAAGAUAGUAUGGGCACGACAGAUAUCGUCCGCAGUGAAUGUGUUAUAGACAAGAGAAAAUUAAUCAGAACGGUCAGUAACAGUUUCCUAAAAAUGAUAUAAAGACAGGAAAUCUAGAAUAAAAUUUGAACAGUACACAGACCAGUUGAACAGAACUAGAUUUGACUGUUGAUUAUUUUAAGCACAAUAAAUUGUUGCAGAAUGUACUUAUUCUGAGCCUCUCCUUUCUCCUCUUUACCUCUCUCUCUGUCGUAGGGCAGAGGACAUGAGCUCUCUGAUUUUGAAAUCAUUUUCAUAUGACAAGUUUGAAUGUACAUGUUAAUUUUCAAUUUCUGGGUUGAUUUUUAUUUCUUGUUUCUAUUUAUAGAAAACUUAAUUCUGAAAUUAAAGCUGGAUGCAAAGUGCAACAUUUAAUUCUGACUAUACGUUACAUUAAUUAUAAUUCCUUUCUGUAGGAAUUUGAUUGGUAUGGAAAACAUUGGAAACAAAAGUUUGAAAAGUACAGAAAUAUAAUUCUGUUGUAGGAAAAGCCAAUUCUAUCUUUAUGUACUUCCAUCAACUUGGGUGAAUAAAAUUGCAUAGGUUCUGUAACAUAUUAGUUUGCAUAAAAUCUAUAAUUCUUAGAAAAGUUCAUUUUACACCUACCUUCGUUAAUUUUAUUUGUUCAAUCCCAGGAGAAAGGAGAGAGCACUUGGAGUCAAUUAUUUAACUAUAACUGAACAUUUUGCUGAAAAUAGGUUUUUUUGGUACCAUUUGAAUUUAAAUAGUAUAAAGCAAUGACUCAGCUAUAGGUUUUAACACAUCAGACAACAAUCCAAUUUAUUUGAAUUUAUUAAAAUCAGUUUGUAUGAGUUGAUAUUGAUUGUAAUGGAUCAUGCCAUGGUCAAAUGUAAAACUGUGAAAGUAUGAGAUAUUAAGAGAAGGAAAUAGAAUAGAUUUGUAGGAUAUCUUGAAGCCAAUGCCUGCCUCAGCUUCAUGUCUUGUUAACUGAAAUGCCAUAUAGUAAUGGAAAAAUGUAGUUAGUUUAAAAUGCAUUUCUGUUUUUUUUGAAAUUUGCUGUAUCAUUUAAUUCCACUAGGUAAACCUGUCCCCACAUUAGGUGCGAUAUGUCAUAGAAAUCACUUUACAUUUGCUACUUUAGUGUGCUGUUUUUUUAAUGAAAUCAUGUUUCAUUACUGUAUUAAUACUGUCAGUUGUGCAUUAGGAUGUAAUGUUACUGAUUGGUAUUCGUAGUAGUUUAUUUUAUUUGCAACAUGAAUUUUAAACAAUUUUAGAAAUACACAGUGUUUUAUAUUUUACUGUAUUUUUGUCCAUGCUACAGAAACAACAUUUACAUCAUACUAACAUGGUACUGUGUUAGCAGUUAAUAGUAGAAUUUGAGCAUAAUUAAUUUCAAGAAUUGUAUUAUCAACAAAUCUUUGGGGUUAUUGAAUCCAAUAUUUUUGUGUGGCAAAUGAAUGGAAAAUAUCAGAAAUAAUUUUUUUUUAACUACAGAGGAAUACUUUGAAACAUAUCAGUGUGAUAUUUCCACAACGUUAAUACGUAGCAGCUUGGAGCAGUUACAGAGUUUGGAAUUGUGAGCAAUAUUUAAGUAAGCUCAUCAUCUGAAUUUUUGAAAAAACUUAAUACAAAUUUAAACAGCAAAAUAAUUUAAAUGAAUGUAAGAAAUUGCAAAUAGACUAGCAAAGGAAAUUGUUACUUCCAAAUCUUUCUUGUUCAACAAAAAGAAUUUCCUCUGCAGUGAAUUUAUAUAAAGAUUUUUUUCAACAUGAGUUAUAACAAAUAUAAAAAAGAUUAUCAGUUUACAAAUUUCAACAUGUGAAAAAUUUUAAGAUUUGGGUAUUGGUAUUUAAAAAAGAAAUGUGUGAUGUCAAGCUAAUAAAUGCAUUUGUUAGCCCAGUUUUGAGAAACUUGGAGCACGCAAUCAAGUAUGUUUGUCUGCCAAACUUCCACCAAGUGAAAGAGAGUAUCUGCUCUGACUCUGAAUAAGUCACACAAUCAUAAUCCCUCUAGUUAGCAACAAUAUAAAAAUUUAAAUUACCUCACAUAUUAAUUUAACAGCAAAGGUUCGUGUCAUUUAAAUAAGUUACUUUUAUUAUUACAAUUUCUUUGUGGAUAAUACAUAUGAAUCCUAAACAUAUUCACUGUCUACGUUGAGUGAACAAACCAAUUCCACUUUAAAACUGUUAUUUGGCUUCAAGUAUUUGAAAAAUUUUCAUUAAUAUUGGUUUUGUUUUCAUCACGCUACAAAUUAUUUAUCAGACAAAAUCUAAAUUUACAAUUCUCCAUUUUUAUAAUGCUUGUGUCUCUUAAUUCUGGAUUGUCUUGUUUGUGGCGAUUUUGCUGUGGUUUCUCUUUAAGAAGUAACAGUAUACAAGAAAAUAAUUUUCCCUUUUGAAAAAUUAUGUAAAUUCACAUAACUAAAGACAAGGGUAAUGAAGCAAAGUGAUAUUUCUACAUUUUAGCUUCCCCUAUCUGAGUGUGGCUUUGUUGGCACAUUUUACUUUAAUUAAACAGUAAUCAUGGAGUGACAACAGUCGCUCAUUGAGACCGUUAAGACAAAGUUGAGUGAGUUCAGUACCUUGGAUCAUCGGAAGGAGUGUUGAUGCAACAGCAGAGAAUGGCAGAUGAACAUACUUGGCACGUAACUGUAUCGAUGACUUUGUAGUAAGUAGUCCAGUGUGCUGCAUACUACUGUUGUACCACCUUGUUGUUAAAUGGUAUGAUAUAACAGCUUUACCUUUUUUGAAGUUUAUAUUUUCAUUUAUAGAAUCUAAUUUAAUAUUGUAAAACGUUGAAUAAUACAUACUGUGAUUGUUAAAACAUAA